AUGAUGGUGCAGCAAGAGGGGAAGGCAGUGUACCAUGAAUCAGAAGGGUGGCAGACCUGGAUCGAUGUAACCAAACUUUACCAAGGCACAAAAGCGCCUUUCAACCCCUCUGACCCUCGAGGAUCAGCUCUAUCACCAGCUAAAUUCCUCCCGCAUGCCUUCAAUGGCUCGCCCUGGGGAGAUAGUACCCUUGUCUCAGAGACAGUUUCUUUGCAAAUGCCAACGCUGGAGGCUGUCAAGCUCUGGGACGUCUUCAUGGAACGUGUUGAACCUGUGGUAAAAAUCAACUUUAAAUGGACCCUCUCUCAUCUAAAAGCAGCAAUAUCCGACGGAGAAAAGUGGAAUCGCCUUGAAGAUGGUGAACGGGCUCUCAUCUUAUCUUCAAGGCUGUUCGCAGCAAAAGCCAACAUCGACACCCUAACAUCGCGAAGUCUCUGGACAUUGAUGGGUCUAGUGUCACGUUCUGCGGAGCAACUCGGCAUCCAUCGCGACGGUACAGUCCUUGGUCUUUCGCCCAUCGAAACAGAAGAGCGACGAAGAAUCUGGUGGCAGCUCCAACAUCUCGAUCUCAUCCUUUCUCUCAAAAACGGCGUUACGCCUUUAUCUUUUGGAACAGCAUGGGACGUGAAGCUUCCUCUCAAUAUCGAAGACGAAGAUCUUGACCCGAACUCAAAGGACCCGCCUAAAGAACGAACAGGCCUAACAUCGUUUGCCUACACCGGUUUUACUUACUAUUUACUGGAAGUACAGCGCAAUUUUCGGAUUACUCAGGCCAGUCAGCUAGCAGCCGGUGAGGGAUCCUUGCUUGGCUGUUUGGCUGAUUCCAUGAUUGAUGGGCUGGAAAAGGGACUCAACGAGAACUUUCUGCAGUACUGCGACCCCAUAAACCCCCUGCAUACACUUCUGCAGAUCUCGGCGCGAGCUGUCAUUAAUAUUCUGCGUCUGCGAAAGUAUCACGAAGCCAAGAUGCGAUCUAAUAGUGCAGGAGACAAAUGUCACAUGGAGCAUUUCGACCUCUGCAUGCAAGCGAUGAGGUACCAAGUUGUGUCGCAUGCGAAUCCCCUUUUACAAAAGUUUCGCUGGCUUGCUGAGACUUCGUUUGUGUGGUAUGCUCUCAUCGGCAUACUGGUAGACAUGACACUCUUGACAGAUGUUGCAAAGAUCCAGUCAGCCUGGUCUCUGCUAGAAGACCUGUAUACCGCUACAGAACAUUUAACGGAUAUGUCAGAAGACAGAAGGACUUCGCACGCCGCCAAGUCUGUUAUCGCAACGUGGAAUGAGUGUCGACAAAAGCCCGGGUUGGAAUAUAUGGAGAAGCCGCCGUUUGUGUCACAUUUGGAAGACCUUUUAGCUCAGGAUGAAAGGAAUCUUGCUAGCGAAGCAAGUAGAAAGGAGAACCAAAUGGAUACCACAAUGGACUUGGGACAAGGAAAGGCUGGGGAAGAUGACUUACAACCAUUUGGGUUCGAGUUUGCAGACAUUGACUGGGCGUUUUGGGAUAGUAUUAGAUAG